AAUUGAUAAGAACAAACACCUGCGCAGCGUUAGUGACCGGGUCGUUGAAAGACAAACACAAACAAUAUUAAUAAUUUACGUUUUCGUCGCGUAAAGCGUGCACAGUCGCUCACGCUCACGUUUCCUGUGUUUUGCGGAAGCGUACCGCGGCAAACCGCGGGGAUAUCGAUGCAACACAGCUGAUUAUUAUCAAAAGCAGCUCACGCCGAGAUGAUAAGAAUUUCGGUUUCCUUCAGAAUCCAUUCGACAUUUUCGAAUUUUCUAUGCGUUGCGUUGAGUUUUUCUUUUUUCGAAUGAAUUCCACUUCAUUCUGGACAUUCUCAUCAGUUUUAUUGGAAUACAUUAGGAUAGUUAAUUCAUUACCCCAACGUUCGUUGUCAGACAAACAAUGUAGAAUUGUAGAAUGUAUGAGAUGAAUGAAACAUUUUUGGCAAUUUAGCUGCCGGUAGAGUCUUACAGCUACAGCGGAGGUUCACAUUACAUCAUCUUGAAGAAGAAAAACGGCGGAAAAAUGGUUCGGGAUUUGGCGAUGCGUCGAGUGUCUUCGUACGCUUUCAAGAAAAUGAUUGCCAAUUCUGUACGAUCGUUAUCAUUUCAAAUAAAUAAGUCAACAUUCUCGCGACGAGUUUGUUCGCAUCAAAGUACAGAAUUUCCAGAAGACCCCCCUUGGAGAAUUAUGUUUUUCGGUUCCGAUGAUUUUGCCGUAAAAAGUUUACAAGCUUUAUACUCGAAAUUACAAACUGAAACAUUAAUUAGCAGAUUGGAUGUUACCACUACAAACGCCGUUGACUGGAAGAACGAAAAAAAUAAGGUUUACCGUUUCGCCGAAUCUAAUAAACUCAAAAUACAUCCGUGGCCGAUUGAUGCGGAGUGUGUUCGGAAUAAGUUUGACUUGGGCGUUGUAGUUUCAUUUGGGUAUCUAAUUCCGAAGAGUAUUAUAGAAUCAUUUCCAUUAGGCGUUCUAAAUGUACACGGUAGUCUAUUACCAAAAUGGAGGGGAGCAGCUCCAAUUGUUCACGCUAUAUUGAACGGUGAUUCGACUACAGGAGUAACAAUCAUGAAAAUCAAACCAGACAAGUUUGAUACCGGCGAUAUAGUGAGACAGUACAGUGUGCCUAUUAAAACUGAUGAGACAGCAGCCGAGCUUACUAAUCGCUUAGCUAUUCUUGGAGCGCAGUUAUUGAUGGAAUGUAUCAGAAAUUUGCCUCGAUCUGUCUUAAUGACGGUGCCACAGCCGGAGGAUUCCGCUACUUAUGCGAAAAAAAUUGUUCCUGAAAUGGCCGACGUCGAUUGGAACAAUAAAUCUGCUCAAGAAAUUUACAAUCAGUAUAGAGCAUUAUCUCAUUUAUUUCCUCUGAAAACUCGCUGGUUCGAUAUGACCGUAAAGCUUUUAGAUGUAUCUGUCGAUGAAAUAGAAAUAUUCAAUCCAAAAAAUCAAAAAGUUAUUAAAAAUAUGCGAACGAAAGAAAAUGUUUUCCCUGGAAUUGUGGAGUUCAGUCGCAAACGAGCGCUUCUUCGAGUGCAAUGUAAAGACGGCAAAUGGGUAUGCGUUCGCGAAAUAAUUGUCAGCGGUAAGAAAUCAUUGUCAGCGAGUGAAUUUUACAAUGGUUAUAUGAGUAAGGUUGAAAAUUCAAUGGACAGAAGAUUUACCGACGAUCUGAAAUGAGAGCCAUUUUUUACCCGAAGAAUCGUUCAUUUUAAAUGCUUGUAGAAUGGGGCUGACAACGUACUCGAUACUCGAAAUAUUUCAAUACAGAAUAAUGUAAUAGUACACGAUGGCGAUGAUUGCAUCGUGCUUUUAUUGAUCAUUGAUGAAAUGAUACAUGCGUAAAAGAUGUUACGUUUUUAUUGAAGUUUGUUAGAGUUACGAAAUCAAUAAAUUUUACUCAACCAAUUAA